CCAAAUUUUGUGGGCAUAUAAAGCAAUGUCGAAGAUCUACAUUAUAGACAAUCCGACCUCGACAAUUGCAUCUCUAACACAUUCGAAAUAUUGUUCCUGACAGACAACGAUCAGGAGGGUGGGUGUUGUAUGUUUGCAAAUAGGGAUAAACUAAUAACAGCUUUCGAUAGGCCUCUCAAAAACUAACUUACCGUAUAUUUAAAAUUUUUCUUUCUAUCUUCUAUAGUUUACGAGACGCGUUGAAAAAACUGAAAAUCCUAGAAUUUUUUAGGAUUAUUUUUACCCAUCAAAUGGCCAUAUGAGCCACCAAUUUUCUGCAUAUAUAUAUAUGUAUAUCUUGCGUAGUUCUGCAACAUUAAAAAACACCCUGUUUCGUGGCGUCACCAAGAUAACCUUCCUUUUUAAUGAAAAGAGAAAAAUAAAAAAGAUAAAAAUUAACUGUUGUUUCUCUAUCAUACAGAUACACCUAGGAUACCUAUGAUUCUUUCUAUCCAACCAGCCUUUCUAUGUGCAUCAAUAUUUUCUAUGAUAAUUAAUAUGAUGUACUCAGCGUCUCUGAUAUCAUCAUUAACGGUUCAUUAUUAUACGCCACCGUUCAUUUCACUAGAAGGUUUACUGAAUGAUGGCAGCUACAAAUUUGGUAUCAAUGCCAUAAGCGCUGAGUACGCUGUACACUAUCACCCUACCAAUCCCUUUUUGAUUAAACUGAAGGAAGCAGUAAUGGAAAAGUCUGCAACGAAAUUACCUAGGACUUACAUCGAAGGCUUGACGAGAGUGUGUAACAAUAACAACUAUGCUUUUAUGGCAAACGAUGAAAUUCUUGAAGAAUUACGACCACAGCUCAAAUGUGAAUUCUUUACCUUGCCUAAAGACAUAUAUCAAGUUAACACGGCUUAUGUUAUGGCAAAAAAUAAUCCAUACAUCACUGUUAUCAAUUACAAGUUGAUCUGGAUGAUUGAAACUGGUAUUACUCAAAGGUUAACAAACAUUAUAAAACCUAAGAAAAGAACAUUUACGAAUUCUCAAUCUUGGAGAAGCGUUGAGCUCGAGGAUAUGUAUCUCCUAUACAUCAUAUUAGGCACGGCUAUCAACAUAGCUUUCUUAAUAUUGCUUAUGGAGAUAAUAAUUCAUAGAUAUAGAAAAUGGAAAACUAUUUAAUCUACUUCUCUUUAUUGAAGUUAGAGCUUAUUAUAUUUUUAAUAUGUAGUGGCGUUGAUACAGAUGAUAUGGAAAUAGUGACGGCAUUAAGCGAAUUUGAUUCUUUUAUUUCUAAGCCGUAAGAUAUAAAAUAAUAAUAAAUAAUGAGAUCCGUAAGAUAUAAAAUAAUCCUAUCAAGUAUUAAACUUCUGUAACAAAUGCUUCUAGUAUAGGGAUCCGCGACAACUUAUAUACAACAUUUAAGAAAUAUUCAUAACCAUAAUAACAAUUUAUUCAUUUACAUAAAUAGGACGUAAUCACUCAAACAAAUCCAGCCUUGGUGCUUCAUCAUAAGUGUUCUCGAUAAUACUCCAAGAUGUCAUCCAAGUUUUUUAAAAAUUUCUUUGAAGUUUUCUGAAAAAUUGAAAAGCUUCCAAUUUCAAACUAUCUAUGGUAAUUAUAUCCUUUUGCUUCACUCGCAGCACAUGAUACUAAACGGUUUACCUACCUCUUUAAAUUUGGUUCCUUCAGAUUCACUGGUGCUUUCUGCCGUCUGGGUCGACCUGGUCUUGUUUCACUGUUGAUACUGGCGUUACUACUGUUUUCAGAAUCCAUCGACACUUCUGCCUGAGAGUACGUUGAUACAUUUCUCCUGGAGAUAGAAAUAGUUAAUAACCGUUGAAGUUUUUAAGUUAGGCUGUUUCUUUUACGUUGACCAAAAACUUUAAGCGGUGGAAUAAAUUUUAAUUAAAAAUA